AUUACAGUUCGUCAUUAGCCAUUGCAGUGUUAAGUUCGGUCGGUUCGUGAAGUACUUGUGAAAAAAGUGAAAAUUAGUGAAAAAUUUGCCAACAAUCCUGGAAAAAACGUGAAAAACUUUACAUCUAGACUGGCCUAUUUAGGACAGCGAGCGAAACGGCAAUAACAGAAGGACGAAUUAGACAUAACAUACUGCGGAUAAAGUUCAAAACUAGUACUAACGAGAGGCUAAUUAACAACUCUGAAAAUAAAUCGACUGUGAAGAUCAAUCAUGGAGCAAUUUACCCCCAAGGAGGUAAAGAUCCUCGAAAGUGCCGAGGACAUUCAGGAGCGCCGUGAGCAGGUGCUCAAUCGCUACAAUGAGUUCAAGGUGGAAACGCGCCACAAGCGCGAUAAGCUGGAAGACUCGCGUCGUUUCCAGUACUUCAAGCGUGAUUCGGACGAGCUGGAAAGCUGGAUCCACGAGAAGUUGCAGGCCGCUUCGGAGGAGAGCUAUCGUGAUCCGACCAAUUUGCAGGCUAAGAUCCAGAAGCAUCAGGCGUUCGAGGCCGAGGUGUCUGCGCAUAGCAAUGCGAUUGUGGUGCUGGACAACACCGGACAGGAGAUGAUCAAUCAGCAGCACUUUGAAUCGGUUGUCAUCCAGCACCGGCUGGAUGAGCUGCAUCGGCUGUGGGAGCUACUGCUGUCCCGUUUGGCCGAGAAGGGCAUGAAGCUGCAGCAGGCGCUGGUGUUGGUUCAAUUUUUGCGCCACUGCGAGGAAGUCAUGUUCUGGAUCAAGGACAAGGAAGCAUUCGUGACCGCUGACGAGUUUGGCCAAGAUCUGGAGCAUGUGGAAGUGUUGCAGCGCAAGUUUGACGAAUUCCAGAAGGACAUGGCUUCGCAGGAGUAUCGCGUAACCGAAGUCAAUGAAUUGGCUGAUAAGUUGUUGUCCAAUGGACACCCGGAGCGGGAUACCAUCACCCGUAGAAAGGAGGAAUUGAACGAGGCCUGGCAACGUUUGAAACAACUGGCCAUCUUGCGUCAGGAAAAACUUUUCGGAGCACACGAAAUUCAACGUUUCAACCGCGAUGCUGACGAGACCGUCGCAUGGAUAGCGGAGAAAGAUGUUGUUUUGUCCUCGGAUGACUAUGGUCGCGACCUGGCCAGUGUACAGGCACUGCAGCGUAAGCACGAAGGUGUUGAACGUGAUCUGGCUGCUUUGGAAGACAAGGUGGCAACCCUAGGAGCUGAAGCUGGACGCUUGUGUAGCAUUCAUGCCGACCACAGCGAUCAGAUUCGUGAUAAACAGGCGGAAAUUGCAGCAUACUGGCAAUCCCUAACCGCUAAAGCCAAGGAACGUAAACAGAAAUUAGACGAAUCCUACUUCUUGCACCGUUUCUUAGCUGAUUUCCGCGAUUUAGUUUCAUGGAUUAACGGCAUGAAGGCCAUCAUUUCGGCCGAUGAAUUGGCUAAGGACGUUGCCGGAGCUGAAGCUUUGCUAGAACGCCAUCAGGAGCAUAAGGGUGAAAUUGAUGCCCGCGGUGAUAGCUUCAAGGUUACUACCGAAGCCGGACGUCAGUUGUUGGAACGGGAACACUAUGCUGCUGCUGAAGUUCAGGAGAAACUGGCCGCUUUGGAAAAUGACAAGAGUUCGCUGUUGUCUCUGUGGGAAGAUCGUCGCAUCCUGUACGAACAGUGCAUGGAUCUUCAGCUAUUCUACCGUGAUACGGAACAGGCAGAUACCUGGAUGGCUAAGCAGGAGGCUUUUCUAGCCAACGAAGAUCUCGGAGAUUCGCUGGAUUCGGUUGAGGCACUGAUCAAGAAGCAUGAAGACUUUGAAAAAAGUUUAGCUGCUCAGGAGGAAAAGAUCAAAGCGUUAGAUGUUUUCGCUACCAAACUGAUUGAUGGUCAACAUUACGCUGCCGAUGACGUCGCUCAGCGUCGUUCGAUGUUGCUGGCUCGUCGUUCCGCUCUGCUGGAAAAAUCCUCAAUUCGUCGACAGCUGUUGGAGGAUUCCAGUGCCUUGCAACAAUUCGAGCGCGACUGCGAUGAAACCAAGGGAUGGAUAAGCGAAAAACUCAAGUUUGCCACCGACGAUAGCUACCUGGAUCCUACCAAUCUGAAUGGAAAAGUUCAGAAGCACACCAACUUCGAACACGAACUGACUGCUAACAAGAGUCGCAUUGAGGACAUUACAACUAAUGGACAAAAUUUGAUCGAAAAGGGACAUUACGCGGCAGAUCAGAUCAAUUCGCGUAUGCAGGAGAUUGUGACCUUGUGGGAAUCACUGGUUCAAGCUUCGGACAAGAAGGGUUGCAAGCUGCAGGAAGCUUCCCAGCAGCAGCAGUUCAAUCGUACCGUUGAGGACAUCGAGCUUUGGUUGAGCGAGGUUGAGGGUCAGUUGAUGUCCGAGGACUACGGCAAAGAUUUAACCAGCGUGCAGAACUUGCAGAAAAAGCACGCCCUGCUGGAGGCCGAUGUGAUGGCUCAUCAGGAUCGCAUCGAAGGAAUCAAGGUCGCUGCUAAUAAGUUUGUUGAGAGUGACCAUUUCGAUGCCGAUAACAUCCGCAACAAGGAAAGUGCACUGUCGAAACGGUAUGGUGCACUGGCCUCUCCCAUGUCAGAGCGUAAGCAACGCUUGUUGGAUUCGCUGCAGGUUCAACAGCUAUUCCGUGAUCUGGAAGACGAAGCUGCUUGGAUUCGUGAGAAGGAACCGGUGGCUGCUUCGACUAAUCGCGGUCGCGAUUUGAUUGGAGUUCAAAAUCUUAUUAAGAAGCAUCAGGCUGUUCUAGCUGAGAUCAAUAACCAUGAAAAUCGUGUCGUUGGAGUCAUUGGUAAUGGUGAGCAAAUGCUGACCGAACAACCGUUUGCCACUGAAGACAUCAAGCUGCGUCUGGAUGCUUUGAAGGACCAAUGGAAUUCGCUGAAGGAAAAAUCGAGUCAGCGCAAACAGGAUCUCGAGGACUCACUGCAGGCGCAUCAGUUUUUUGCCGACGCCAAUGAAGCUGAAUCGUGGAUGCGGGAGAAGGAACCGAUUGUUUCAAACCAAGAUUACGGCAAGGAUGAGGACUCUUCGGAAGCCUUGCUGAAGAAGCACGAAGCAUUGGUUUCCGAUCUGGAAGCUUUCGGUAAUACUAUACAGGCUUUGCAGGAGCAGGCAAAGAACUGUCGUCAGCAGGAGACUCCAGUUGUUGACAUCACUGGAAAGGAAUGCGUUAUGGCAUUGUACGAUUAUACCGAGAAAUCUCCGCGUGAGGUUUCUAUGAAAAAGGGAGACGUUCUGACUCUGCUAAACUCCAACAACAAGGACUGGUGGAAGGUUGAAGUAAAUGACCGUCAGGGAUUCGUGCCAGCAGCGUACAUCAAGAAGAUCGAUCCAGGUCUAAGUGCCAGCCAGCAGAACCUGGUUGAUGGCCACUCAAUCGCUAAGCGUCAGGCGCAGAUCAAUAGUCAAUAUGACAAUCUGUUGGCACUAGCCCAUGAACGCCAAAACAAGCUGAAUGAAACCGUUAAAGCUUACGUUCUAGUUCGUGAAGCUGCUGACCUGUCCACAUGGAUCAAGGACAAGGAAAGCCACGCUCAAAUUAAAGACGUCGGCGAAGAUUUGGAAGAGGUUGAAGUUAUGCAGAAGAAGUUUGAUGAUUUCAACGACGAUCUGAAAGCUAAUGAGGUUCGAUUGGCUAAGCUGAAUGAAAUUGCCGUCCAACUUACCUCGUUGGGUCAAACUGAAGCAGCUCUAAAGAUCAAAACACAGAUCCAAACGCUGAACGAAGAGUGGGCCACCCUUCAAACCAUCACACAGGAGCGUGCCAGCCAGCUGGGAUCUGCUCAUGAGGUUCAACGUUUCCAUCGGGAUGUUGACGAAACUAAGGAUUGGAUUGCUGAAAAGGACAACGCCUUGACCAGUGAUGAUCUGGGCAAGGAUUUGCGUGGCGUCCAAACUCUGCAACGCAAGCACGAAGGUUUGGAACGUGAUUUGGCUGCGCUGCGCGAUAAGAUUCGUCAGUUGGAUGAAACUGCCAAUCGGUUGAUGCAAUCCCAUCCGGACACUGCCGAACAGACCUAUGCCAAGCAGAAGGAAAUCAACGAGGAGUGGCAGCAGGUCGUUACCAAGGCUCAGCAGCGUAAGGAAAAACUGCUGGAUUCGUACGAUUUGCAGCGUUUCCUGAGUGACUAUCGCGAUCUGAUGGCAUGGAUCAGCUCGAUGAUGGGGUUGGUCACUUCCGAGGAGCUGGCUAACGAUGUCACCGGUGCGGAAGCUUUGAUCGAGAGACAUCAGAACCAUCGCGCUGAAAUUGAUUUUCGUUACGGUAUCCCACAGGAACACCGCACCGAAGUUGAUGCUCGCGCCGGAACAUUCGCUGCGUUUGAGCAGUUUGGAGCGGAGCUGCUGCAGGCCAAUCACUAUGCGUCACCGGAAAUCGACGAGAAGAUUGAAAAUCUGGCCAAAGCACGGGAGGAAUUGGAACGCGCCUGGACCGCAAGACGACUGCAGCUGGACCAAAAUCUGGACCUGCAGUUGUACCUGCGUGAUUGCGAACAGGCAGAGAACUGGAUGAGUGCUCGUGAAGCUUUCCUUAACGCGGAGGAAGUUGAUUCGAAGGGAGACAAUGUGGAGGCUUUGAUCAAGAAGCACGAAGACUUCGAUAAGGCCAUCAAUGGUCAUGAGGAGAAGAUUGCUGCGCUGCAAGUGCUGGCUGAUCAGCUGAUUGCCCAGGAACACUAUGCCGGCAAGCUAAUCGAUGGCAAGCGAUCGGAGGUGUUGGAUCGCUGGCGUCAUCUGAAGGAGGAUUUGAUCGAAAAACGAUCCCGAUUGGGCGAUGAGCAAACACUGCAGCAGUUCUCGCGCGAUGCAGAUGAGAUUGAAAACUGGAUCGCGGAGAAACUUCAGCUAGCUACGGAGGAGAGCUAUAAAGAUCCGGCUAACAUCCAAUCGAAACACCAGAAGCAUCAAGCUUUCGAGGCCGAAUUGGCUGCUAAUGCCGAUCGUAUUCAAAGCGUGUUGGCAAUGGGAAGCAAUUUGAUCGACAAGAAUCAAUGCAGUGGAUCGGAAGACGCAGUUCAGAAGCGAUUGACACAAAUCGCUGAUCAGUGGGAAUAUUUGACUCAGAAGACUACCGAAAAAUCAUUGAAACUGAAGGAAGCCAACAAACAGCGUACGUACAUUGCAGCUGUGAAAGAUUUAGACUUUUGGCUAGGUGAAGUUGAGAGCUUGUUGACUUCGGAAGAUGCCGGAAAGGAUUUGGCUUCGGUGCAAAAUCUGAUGAAGAAACAUCAGCUGGUAGAGGCCGAUAUUCACGCUCAUGAAGAUCGUAUCAAGGACAUGAAUGCACAGGCCGAUUCGUUGGUUGAAAGUGGUCAGUUCGACAGCGCUGGCAUUCAGGAAAAGCGUCAAUCAAUCAACGAGCGCUAUGAGCGCAUUUGUAACUUGGCUGCUCAUCGUCAGGCUCGUUUGAAUGAGGCUAACACACUGCAUCAGUUCUUCCGUGACAUCGCUGAUGAAGAAUCGUGGAUUAAGGAGAAAAAGCUUCUGGUCGGAUCGGAUGACUAUGGCCGCGAUUUGACCGGUGUGCAGAAUCUCAAGAAGAAACACAAGCGGUUGGAAGCUGAACUAGCCUCCCAUGAGCCUGCUAUACAAGCUGUCCAGGAAGCCGGCGAAAAAUUGAUGGACGUGUCUAAUCUAGGCGUUCCGGAAAUCGAACAGCGUUUGAAGGCUCUAAACCAGGCUUGGGCUGAGCUGAAGGGAUUAGCUGCUACUCGAGGUCAAAAACUGGACGAAUCGUUGAUUUAUCAGCAGUUUCUGGCAAAGGUCGAGGAAGAGGAGGCUUGGAUUACUGAGAAACAGCAGCUGCUAUCGGUUGAGGACUACGGUGAUUCGAUGGCUGCCGUUCAGGGUCUGUUAAAGAAACAUGAUGCCUUUGAGACCGACUUUGCAGCCCAUCGUGAUCGCUGCUCGGAUAUUCGUGACAAUGGACAAACUUUGGUAACUAACAACAAUCACCACGCCGAUAGCAUUUCACAACGUUGCGCUCAACUUGACAAAAAGUUGGAAAAUCUUCAAGCCUUGGCUACACGUCGCAAGAACGCGCUGUUGGAUAACUUUGCCUACCUUCAGUUCAUGUGGAAGGCUGAUGUCGUUGAGAGCUGGAUCGCCGAUAAGGAAAACCACGUCAAGUCGGAGGAGUUUGGUCGUGAUUUGUCCACUGUUCAGACGCUACUGACCAAGCAGGAGACAUUCGAUGCAGGUCUCUCGGCAUUUGAACAGGAGGGAAUUCACAAUAUCACGGCUUUGAAGGAUCAGCUGAUUAACGCUAAUCACGCGCAAUCAGCUGCAAUCCUCAAACGCCAUGAAGACGUCCUGACCCGUUGGCAGAAGUUACGUGCCGAUUCCGAAGCUCGCAAGUACCGUCUGUUAGCCAUGCAGGAACAGUUCCGUCAGAUUGAAGAUCUCUAUCUGACGUUUGCCAAAAAGGCGUCAGCAUUCAACUCGUGGUUUGAGAAUGCCGAAGAAGAUCUAACAGAUCCAGUUCGCUGUAAUUCGAUCGAAGAAAUUAACGCCCUCCGAGGGGCUCAUUCCCAGUUCCAGGCGUCGCUGUCGUCAGCUCAGUACGACUUCCAGGCAUUGGCCGAUUUGGACCGUAAAAUCAAGAGCUUCAACGUUGGACCAAAUCCGUACACCUGGUUCACGAUGGAAGCCCUGGAGGAUACCUGGCGUAAUUUACAGAAAAUCAUCGAAGAACGAGAUGCCGAGUUGGCAAAGGAGGUUCAUCGUCAAGAGGAAAACGACAAGCUUCGAAAGGAGUUUGCCAAGCAUGCCAAUCUGUUCCAUCAAUGGCUAACCGAAACAAGAUACAAUCUCCUGGGCUGGGAUAAGUAUGGAACUUCCCUCAUGGAAGGCUCCGGUUCCUUGGAGGAACAGUUCGAGGCACUUUGCCACAAGGCCAAUGAAAUUCGUGCCCGCCGUGGUGAUCUGAAGAAGAUCGAAGAAUUGGGCGCCACCCUGGAGGAGCAUCUUAUUCUGGAUAAUCGCUACACCGAACACUCGACCGUUGGUCUUGCCCAACAGUGGGAUCAGCUGGACCAGUUGGCUAUGCGCAUGCAGCAUAACCUGAAACAACAGAUCCAAGCUCGAAAUCAAUCCGGCGUGUCGGAGGAUUCCCUCAAGGAGUUCUCGAUGAUGUUCAAACACUUCGACAAGGACAAGAGUGGCAAGUUGAACCACCAGGAGUUCAAAUCCUGUCUCCGAGCGCUCGGUUAUGACCUUCCGAUGGUGGAAGAAGGCCAACCCGACCCAGAGUUCGAAGAAAUUCUGAACGUUGUCGAUCCGAACCGCGAUGGACAGGUGUCGCUUCAGGAAUACAUAGCCUUCAUGAUUUCGAAGGAAACGGAGAACGUCCAGAGCUACGAGGAAAUCGAAAAUGCCUUCCGCGCCAUCACCGCCUCCGAACGUCCUUACGUAACCAAGGAUGAGCUCUAUUCCAACCUCACCAAGGACAUGGCGGACUACUGCGCCCAACGGAUGAAACCGUACAACGACCCGAAGUCGGGUCAUCCCAUCACGGGAGCCCUGGACUAUGUGGAAUUCACACGAACCUUGUUCCAAAAUUAGUAACGUUUCAAUGUUUUAAUAUUCUACCCUAAUAAAGUACACCCUUCUCGUACUCUCUCGUAUAAGCGCAAAAGAAGUAUUUCGCAUAUUUAGAAUUGUUGACUUUGCCGAAAAAUUUACCACUGCCGGACGCGGUAGCAUAUAAGUAUUUAUGAGCCAGCAAUGUUUUAAUCGCCGCUAUCGUAUAAUCAAGCUACAGCUACAAUCAAUAUAAUCAAAAUGUUUUAGACGUUCCAAUAGCAAAGCACUACAUAACGUAUCUAGUGAGUAAUAAGCAUCACAAUAGCUUCCUGUUUGGUAGGUAAUGCUCUGAUCAAUUUCUGGGAUUUUGGAAAUUGGCUUUGAACAUUUGACACGAAUCGAUUUCUCUGACGAAUCAACGAUCGACGAUGGACGCAGUUCAUAGCACUAAACAGUUGUUGGAAAUGAAAUUCAGCUUCUAGAUUGAUGGGCGAAAUUAGUAGCAGCUAGAGAGUCAGCUAUUUAAAAAACUACAAAUUAUAUUUAAAGUUUCAAUAUGAAUUUUCCCUAUUUAAUCGGAAAUAAAACUAAAUGCAUGAUAUCAAAGCAUUUUUAAUACA